UUAAAAAUGUUUAUUAAAUGGCGUCAGUUCGAUAGUCUGUUUAAAGAUCAGAUUGAAUGUGAGAAAUUGACACAGAAUUCGAUAAUAUCAGCAUCGAUAUCGUCAGCAGAAUAGAUAAAUUGCACGAAAAUGACACAGAACACGCAAAUGAUAGAGGAACUUGAUGAUUGUUUCUUGAGAACCGCGGGGAAUAUCAUGAAAUACUAUGACAAUGAAGAAGAGAAACAAAAUAUAUUGAAGCAGUUACGAGAAGUCCUAAUAGCCAAUUGUAUGGAGUCUGCGAGAAUAAAGUCUGCGAAUGAGAUUAAAGAGCACCUAGAAUGUAUGUCCGAGUUCGACUCAGAAGAAGAUGUAAAAAAUAUCACAAUAGAAUAUAAGAAGGCUAUAUCUGAAAUUCAAGUUAAUCCGUUACAAGACAACAGACUGUUGGAAUAUGAUCGUCAGUUUAAAGGCCUGUAUCAAGUCAAUGAAUCUAACGCACUGGAUGACAUAGACGCUGAUUUACGGUUAACAGGCAGCGAAAUAAAUGUGAUCGAUCCAAUCUCGAAGAUGAGAAUGACCGAUCCUGUGAGAAAUGCAGUCUGCGGUCACAUAUACGAUAAAGCAAGCCUUGUCGCGAUGUUACAAAAGAACAAGAAUACUAGAUGUCCUGUGGUGGGUUGCACCAGUCUGGAUUAUAUAGAUUUAAGUCAGUGUCGCUCUGACAUUGUGACUAAAACAUAUCUGGAGAAUCAUCUUGCUUAGAUUUGAGAACAAUGGAUAAAAAUAUCUAUGAAUACAUAUAUAUUAGAGUCGAAGGCACAUU